AUGGAUCCUACACCGAGUCAGCCGACCUCGUCCGGGUCCGGUCCCCUCCGGAUACCCGAAUCAGCUGCCCCGUCAUCUUUUGCCCCCUCGGAACCGGGCGUAGUAGAUUCGCCGGUAUCUCCCGCCUCGCCAAACGCCUUCGCGCGGUUUGAAUUCGAGGCCUGCCGCGGAAACGAGGGAUCCAAGAUUCUUAUGGUGGAAUGGGAUCCGACACCGUCUGGGGAGGACGGCUGGGUCGUGACGUGGGAAACUAAGACGACGACAUUUCCAGUCGUCGAGAGAGUAGAAGACGAGGAAGAGGACAUUGAGAAGAGAGGACAGCGCCGGCAACGUGUCUACUUCCUAUUACCUUCGGAUGCCGUAAUACCCCCUAUAGUAACUAUAUCUCACGCCACCUCGGGCCGAACGUUAAUGGCUAAGGCAAUGCCGGCUAUCUUCGCGCCGGGACUCUGGAUCGGGUCCCGUGAUGCGGGCCGCCGCGGCGUUUUGCACACGGUAUGGGCGCGGCUGCGAGCCGAACAGCUCCAAGAUGAGAUUCGUGCGGAGCUCCGCGAUAAUAGCGAGAGCGUGGGGCUCGAGAUGGCUGUUCAGGAACGCCUCUGGAUUAUCGACCACUUCGGUCUCGAUGAUCUCCCCGUUCCUGAUGCCACUUUCAACACCGCUGGUACCGACUCUAUAUCUCAGGCACCUCCGCAAAGCCCGCGUUCCCCGAUAGGUGGCCGUCUAGGCGAGAAGUUGAAGGGGCUAAAGCUGGCGACUUCGCCGUCGGACUUGGCGAAUCAUUCAGGUACUCACUACUCGCAUCAAUAUAACCAAUAUAUUCCAAAGCGUGAUCCGCCUCCUCCGGGUAGGAAAGAGACAACAGCGUUGAGAACGGGUGCAGAUACCAGUAACGUGGCAUCCCUAGAUGCCGUUCUCGGCGGGAACCAGCAAGCAGUCGCUCCACCACCACCCGCGACCCAGACUAAAGAGACGGAAGACGAGCUAUUUGCGCUGCCGAUGAGCCCGCGCAGCCCCGACAUGAAGGCCAUGAGCCCGUUCAGCCUUCUAAAGUAA